CCGGCCGUUCAGUUCGUGGCUUACGAGGCCGCCAAACGCUAUCUGGAGCGUCUGAAGCCGGGCGUGCCGCUCAGCGCCACCACAGUGUUCGUGGUGGGCGCCGCCUGCAAGGCGCUGGCCACCAUCAUCACCUACCCCCUGCAGAUGGUGCAGGCCAAACUGCGGGUGGGCGGUCUGGUCCUCGAGGACGGCACCAGGGAGCUGCGCGUCCUGCGCAUCCUGCUGCUCCUCUACAGGCACGGCGGCCUGGCCGGCGUCUUCAAGGGCCUGGAGGCUAAGAUGCUGCAGACAGUGCUGACGGCGGCGCUCAUGUUCGUGCUCUACGAGAAGAUCGCCCGCUUUGUCUUCUUCCUGCUGCUGGGUCGGCGGGGGUAGACGACAUUAGUGCUGGACGGCUGUGCUGUCGUU